AUGUCCUCCCCCCACCAAGGCGGCUCCCUCUACGACAUGGCCGAAAAGGGCACCAAAAUCCCCAACGACGCCGGCCUCAUGAACACAAUCCCCUCGGUCCCCCGCCCCGACCAACUCGCCGAGAACCCCGACUACGACUACCGCGGGCUCGGCGAACCCUCGACGGCCUUUGCCGCCGACAAUCCAACGGACAUGCCCCGGAGCACGCGCGAUCUGGGGUUCACCGGCGAAGUCAUGACGGGCACGGGCAAUACGUUCCCGGCGGAGGGCGAGAAUGCGGGCAAUGAGAUUGGGGCGAAUGAUCCGGGGGCCAAGGGGCAGCUGAGGACGCUGAAGCAUGAGACUAAGAAUCGGAGCGCGUUUGAUCGGUUUGCGGGGGAGGAUGAGGAUGCGCCUGUGGGUGAGCAUGAGGUGAGGAAUCGGUUUGAUUAA